UCCUCCUCCGGCCUCCUCGCAGACGGACCAGAUCCCGGGGUGGAAGGCGAACAUGUCCCCGCUGCUGCUGCUGCUGCUCAGCCUCCUGCUCGGCCUGCUGCUCUGGAUCUUCAUCCUCGGCGGCAGAACCAGAAGACCCGAAGAACCUCCCUUGAUUAAAGGCUGGAUCCCCUUCAUGGGGAAGGCUCUGGAGUUCGGGAAGGAUGCUCAUCAGUUUCUGGAGGAACAUAAGAGGAAGUAUGGAGACGUGUUCACGGUCCUGAUCGCAGGUAAAUACAUGACCUUCAUCAUGGACCCGCUGCUCUACCCCAGCGUCAUCAAGCAGGGCCGCCAGCUGGACUUCCACGAGUUCACCGACAAGGUGGCCCCCCGGACCUUCGGCUACCCGCCCGUCCUCGGCAGCACCUUCCCCGGCCUGUGGGAGCAGGUCAAGCGCUCCUUCCAGCUCCUGCAGGGAGAUCACCUGCUGCCGCUGACGGAGAGCAUGAUGGGUAAUCUGAUGCUGGUCUUCCGCCAGGACCAGCUGGAUGGGGACGGCGGCUGGAGGCGGGGCGGCCUGUACGACUUCUGCUCCUCGGUCAUGUUCGAGGCUACCUUCCUGACCAUCUACGGCAAGCCGGCGGGCGGCGGCCGGCACCGCGGCAUGGACGUGCUGAGGAAGGACUUCAACAAGUUCGACGACAUGUUCCCCUUCCUCAUCGCUCAGAUUCCCAUCUGGCUGCUGGGACGGACCAAAGCCGUCCGCCAGAAGCUCAUCUCCUACUUCCUGCCCCAGCAGAUGCAGCAGUGGUCCAACACCUCGCAGUUCAUCCGCAGACGAGCGGAGCUGUUCGAGCAGCACGACCAGCUGAAGGACGCCGAUAAGGCUGCUCAUCACUUUGCCAUCCUGUGGGCGUCGGUGGGCAACACCCUUCCUGCCACCUUCUGGGCCACCUACUUCCUGCUGAGCCAGCCGGAGGCGCUGGAGGCGGUCCGCCAGGAGGUCCUGGACGUCCUGAGGGACGGCGGCGUCGACUUCAGCCCCGGCAGGGACGUGAUCCUCAGCAAAGAGCAGCUGGACAGGCUCAUCUUUCUGGAGAGCGCCAUCAACGAGAGCCUCCGCCUGUCCUCGGCCUCCAUGAACAUCCGGGUGGCCCAGGAGGACUUCGCUCUGCGGCUGGACAACGAGCGCUCGGUGGGCGUCAGGAAAGGAGACGUCAUCGCCCUGUACCCCCAGAGCCUCCACCUGGACCCGGACAUCUACGAGGACCCGCAGACGUUCCGCUUCGACCGCUUCGUGCAGGACGGCAGGGAGAAGACGGACUUCUCUAAGGACGGCCAGAAGCUGCGGUACUACCUGAUGCCGUUCGGGUCCGGUUCGUCCAUGUGUCCCGGACGGUACUUCGCCGUCAACGAGAUCAAACAGUUCAUCUGUCUGCUGCUGCUGUACUUCCACCUGCAGCUGGAGGACGGGCAGAACCGGCCCGGUCCGGACUCCAGCCGAGCCGGGCUGGGAAUCCUGCUGCCCUCCUCAGACGUCCGGUUCCGCUACAGACAGCGGACCGUCUGAGCCGGCGCCUGGCAGAACCGGGUCCUGCUGCUCGGUCUGGACUCGGUUCUAAGGGAGGACGUUUGGGUUCUGGUCGGGUCUGUGGCUCAUCCAGAGCUUAGCGGCCAGAACUCGACUAACUCUGGAUUUUUUUUUUCGACCUGUGAGAUGAGCUCCAGAACCUGAACUCUUUCUGCCUGGAGCAGAACGAAGAUGGAAGCUCGGAUCUUUAGAACCUGAUCCAGUUCUAGCAGAACAGCUCUGCGGAUUAUUGGUCCGGAAACUUCAGAGCAGAACCGUUCCAGACGGCGUUCCACAGGGUGGUGUUCUUGGACCGCAGGAAAAUCUAACGAUGACAGAAGAUCUGCAAUAAACUUCACCGCCUAACAUUCUGCUGUUGUUCUGGAGAUUUAAGUUUAACUAACAUUAAACGGUUUAAUGAUCAUUAGACGGAAAUAAACCCACAUUCAUGUUAAUAAAUGUGUUUAUUUAAGUUUAAUGAUCAUUAAACAGAAAUAAACCCACAUUCAUGUUAAUAAAUGUGUUUAUUUAAGUUUAAUGAUCAUUAAACGGAUAUAAACCCACAUUCAUGUUAAUAAAUGUGUUUAAGUUUAAUGAUCAUUAAACGGAAAUAAACCCACAUUCAUGUUAAUAAAUGUGUUUAAGUUUAAUGAUCAUUAAACAGAAAUAAACCCACAUUCAUGUUAAUAAAUGUGUUUAAGUUUAAUGAUCAUUAGACGGAAAUAAACCCACAUUCAUGUUAAUAAAUGUGUUUAUUUAAGUUUAAUGAUCAUUAAACGGAAAUAAACCCACAUUCAUGUUAAUAAAUGUGUUUAUUUAAGUUUAAUGAUCAUUAGACGGAAAUUAACCCACAUUCAUGUUAAUAAAUGUGAGUUUAUUUAAGUUUAAUGAUCAUUAAACGGAAAUAAACCCACAUUCAUGUUAAUAAAUGUGUUUAAGUUUAAUUAUCAUUAAACGGAAAUAAACCCACAUUGAUGUUAAUAAAUGUGUUUAUUUAAGUUUAAUUAUCAUUAAACGGAAAUAAACCCACAUUCAUGUUAAUAAAUGUGUUUAUUUAAGUUUAAUUAUCAUUAAACGGAUAUAAACCCACAUUCAUGUUAAUAAAUGUGUUUAUUUAAGUUUAAUUAUCAUUAAACGGAAAUAAACCCACAUUCAUGUUAAUAAAUGUGUUUAUUUAAGUUUAAUUAUCAUUAAACGGAUAUAAACCCACAUUCAUGUUAAUAAAUGUGUUUAUUUAAGUUUAAUUAUCAUUAAACGGAAAUAAACCCACAUUCAUGUUAAUAAAUGUGUUUAUUUAAGUUUAAUUAUCAUUAAACGGAUAUAAACCCACAUUCAUGUUAAUAAAUGUGUUUAUUUAAGUUUAAUUAUCAUUAAACGGAAAUAAACCCACAUUCAUGUUAAUAAAUGUGUUUAAGUUUAAUGAUCAUUAGACGGAAAUUAACCCACAUUCAUGUUAAUAAAUGUGAGUUUAUUUAAGUUUAUUGAUCAUUAAACGGAAAUAAACCCACAUUCAUGUUAAUAAAUGUGUUUAAGUUUAAUGAUCAUUAAACGGAUAUAAACCCACAUUCAUGUUAAUAAAUGUGUUUAUUUAAGUUUAAUUAUCAUUAAACGGAAAUAAACCCACAUUCAUGUUAAUAAAUGUGAGUUUAUUUAAGUUUAAUGAUCAUUAAACGGAAAUAAACCCACAUUCAUGUUAAUAAACAGCAGUAUUCACACCAGGAGUUAAUUAAAGGGUAGGAAACAUUCCUGAGCAGAAACUGGAAGCUAACGUAAGACUUUAGCAGCUAAUUAUCAAGGAGCAGGUCUGAGGAAAACAGAACCCGGUCUGGACCGCUCCACAUUGUCUGCUGUUGACUGGUUCUGCUGUAUUACAUGACAGCGUAGAGGUCUGGGCUAAAAGCUCCGGUACCAGAAUAACUCAUGGUUCUGCUUACAGAGAACACACAGGUGUUUUAUUCCUAAAAUAAAAACAUUAAUGUUA